CAUGUCUACUCAAAGGCAUGCAUCCGUCAUAGACAACCUGGGGAUGACAGGAGACGAAACAAGUUCGAGGGAAGGAUCCCGGAUGUACAUGUACUUUGAUGAUCAAGGCGGGUCAGUGUCGGCGCAUUACGGCGGUUUGAGCUUUGAGGGAGGGCCUGGGCUAGACAACAAUGUCAGUAUGCCUCGUACUACGUCAGUAAUCUCUUUGGGGAAUGACAGCGGACUUCCGCCCACUCCCUCACCGAGUGUAUCGCGGCAAGAAAGCGAGGGCAGUUCUUCCAAUUUCCUUGACGUCGAGUCACCCCGGUGUGACAGUAUAGAUAGCGCCAUCGAUGUGACUACUCAUUUGAGGGCCAGAGCUAGAGCCCAGAGUAUGCCAAGACGCCCUAAUCACGAGUCACCCCGGUGUGACAGUAUAGAUAGCGCCAUCGAUGUGACUACUCAUUUGAGGGCCAGAGCUAGAGCCAAGAGUAUGCCAAGACGCCCUAAUCACGAGUCACCCCGGUAUGACAGUGUAGAUAGCGCCGACGUGACUACUCAUUUGAGGUCCAGAGCUAGAGCCCAGAGUAUGCCAAGACGCCCCAAUCACGAGUCACCCCGGUGUGACAGUGUAGAUAGCGCCAACGUGACUACUCAUUUGAGGGCCAGAGCUAGAGCCCGGAGUGCGCAAAGAUGCCCGAAUUACGAGCCUAUUGUGUCUGUCGUUAUGGAGGACAGAGGAGCGGAACCCAGCACCAGUGCCGAGGGAGUCCAAGAACUGCAGGUGCAAUUAGACUGUCCAGAUCAGCCGCAGCAACCCGCCCCUGAGACGACGUACAUAGACCAGAUAGAAAACACUGUCGACUCGAGUCGACUUCACCCAGCACUGCGGUUUAUCCGAGGCAUUCUGCGUUUACUGACCGUCUGCAUUACAUGCUCACGGGCAAGGUCCAUCGGGGCGUCAUGCAACAAUCAAGCACACUUGGAGGUUGCAGAAGUCGUGGACUGCAGGUCAGCUAACCCGGAGAAAUCUUCACCCCUGUCACAGUCCGUCGUGCUUCCUUUGGAAGCGGCACCGCCUUUACCAUCAACGCCAUCUCUCCAACCAUCACCAUCACCGCCAUCUUCACCAUCAACGCCAUUUGGCUCUCCAGCACAAUUCAGCUGUGCCUUAUCCAGGAAAGACGAGUUCCUCUCGUCGUUUGAUCGAAUAUGUUCCAAAGCGAAAGCUGCAGGCCUGUAUGUGGUUGGGCGCGUAAUUCAGGUGGACAACUUCGCUGCUGCAAUGCUGGAUAGUCAUGGAGGCUGUCUGUCCAUUGAAACCUUGGAUGUCCAUCUGUUCAUUCCACCUGGGGCCAUACCUGCUGAUGAAUCUCCCAAGAGGGUCUACAUUUAUGUCCAAGGCAGCUUGACUAGUGGCCGCAGCCACCUCACCCCGUAUGUCUACUGUGGACCCUCGGGGUUCCACUUCCGCAAAGAUGUCUUCUUGACCCUUCCGCACUGCGCCAAGGAUGUACUCGACAAACAGUUCACUUUCGAGAAGUCUACAUCAGAGGGAACUGAAAGCAUUCAGGAUCCCGCGGAUGGGAUUGUCCUUGUUGACAGCGACUCUCUGACUUUGUCGAUGGAUCAUUUCUGCGGAAUUGGAGCAUUUGGAGAAAUUAAUGCGAAAUCCAUGCUGGUCUGUCCGUUUAUUAGGCAAAGCAGUGAUGCGGAAGAGGUGGACAUCCAUGUUCGGGUCUUCGACAACAUGAAAAUCAAUUUGCAGGAAGUGGAGAGUGAAGAAAACGCCAUAGGUUUCGUUUUAGCAGGCCCCCCACAAGAAUUGGUGGUGCAAAAGACGGACCCGGCAGUUGUUGCAAAAAUCAGCUCAAUCGUGGAACCCUGGAAAAUGAUCUCUCAUCCGGAGUCCUCAUGUUGCGAACAGACCAUUCAAUCCCAGUACCUGUGGAGGGUGUACAGUCAAGAGAACGUCCGCGCCUUCCCAUGCAAGCCGUUUUGUGCAAGAAACAGCUCGUCCUCAGUCCUUAACCCUUUCAGAGCUGUUCUGGAAGUCUUCCCAGCCGAACGAAAAGAACACCAAGUGGAAUUUAUCUUGCGGGUUCCCACGAACGGCGGGUUCAAACAGAAACCAUGUGAGGCAUUGGACGACUUGAUGUGGAGGCAGAUGGAAAGCCCAAGCACUUGCGACACCGGGCCAUGGUUGGAUCAAGAUAUCUGCGAGAGCAUUUGCAACAUGCUAGACAAGCCCAAUCCCUUGGGAAAGGACUGGCGCCAUCUCCCUGAACUUCUGUUCGUGGACAGAGAACACGGCCACAGCUGGGUAGAGGGAGUAGAAAAGAGGGCCUAUCUUCAAAAAUGCAGUCCGACAAAAUACGUUCUGAACGCGUUUGUCACAGCUUCAAGAAAGAAGGGAAAAGAAACAACUUUGAGGGAGCUGGUCAAAGGUCUCUCCAAAAUGUGCUGCUUUAGACCUGAUUUAGAGCCCAUCAAGAAGCAAUUACAACAGUGUGAACAGAAUAAUAACAAAGAUAUUGUCGAUGAGUGCCCCGAAUUCGCGCUGCCUAAUAUUCGCGCAACCAAUUUUCACUGCACGUGUCUUCUUGCUCGCAAUUAAACACGAACCGACGUAAAUUCACCGUCGGUGAUCGAUCGUCGCAGUUUCUUCUCAGUGCAGUUACGUGGAAAUUAAAAGCUUUUU